AUGACGAAAUCGAACAGGAUAUUCAAGUGUAUUAUCUACGUGGUAUUACUAAGUCAUAGUCUGAAUUGGCAAUUGGUCACUGGCUUUCCCAAACCACCUGUGGAUAAUAUGAUGAUCUCAUCAUGGAAUCGUCGGCUAAGUGAGGAUAAUCAUUAUCAUGGCGAUAGUGAUGAAGAAUUCAGCAAACGCUUAGAAAGCCAAUUAUUAUAUCACAUUGAACGACAAGAUCGACGUCAACAUCGUCAAAAAGUACCCCAAUUAAUGCAUGAUUUAUAUCAUAUAAGAGCCGAGCAACAUCAGCAACAAAUGAGCCAAGAAGAGGAAGAAAAUUAUCUUCCUAUCCAACAUAAUUAUAUGGAUAUACCAUUUGUCAGUAAAAUGGCUAUUAAUAGCGUAGUCAGAAAUUUCCAUCAUCAAGGAGAACUAAAUGAUAAAGGAAUUGUCAAUGAUAAUAUCUUAUACUUCGAUUUAUCAUCGGAGAAUCCUGAUGAAGAAAUCCUCGAUCAAGCCAUCUUACGCAUUCAUUACCAUGGUCAAUCUCCUCACGAUAAUGCUUUCGGAGCAAGUAUUGUACGAGUUUAUAUCGUUACAACUCAUCAAUCUCGAAUGGAUUACAAAUUAAUUAACGAAGAAAAGCUGGCAAGUAAUGCUUCCAAAUGGAUCUCCAUCGAUGUUACACAAGCCGUCAAAAAUUGGCUUACUAAAAGUCAUCCUAAUCUAGGCUUGAAAGUCGAAGUAGUGAACCUUCAUUCUGUUCCUAGUAAAUCCAACAGGCAACUUCCGAGUGAAUUGGUGAAUAAUAACCGAAAGUCAAAUCAUCGCUUACGCCUUAGGCGCGGUCUAAAUCAUUUAGAAAAUCAGGAUCAAUGGAAUCAACAGCGCCCUAUUUUGUUAAUCCAUAGCCAUGAUAAGACAAUUGUUCAUCAACGACGUAAAAGAGCAACUACGAGUACGACAACAAGCACCAAAUCAAAGAAAGGCUGCAAACGGCAUAAGUUAAAGGUUAAUUUUGCCGCAGUGGGAUGGAAUGAUUGGAUAAUUGCGCCUAAAGAUUACGAUGCUUACUUGUGUAAAGGGCGCUGCAAAUUUCCUCUUAGUCAACACAUGAAUGCAACUAAUCAUGCUAUCAUACAAACCGUAGCCAAUCAACAUUCACCAGAUGAAGUUCCAUUACCGUGCUGUGUACCAACUGAACUAGAUCCAAUUCCGUUGUUGUACAUUAAUGCUAGAGGUAAAAGUGUUUUAAAAAGUUAUAGAGACAUGGUUGUAAGGCAGUGUGGUUGUCGAUAA